GGGUCAGCGGCGGGGGCGUUCCCGCUUUGGUUGCUGAUAUUCCGGCAGAUUCCGGCAGAUCCCGCCGCCCGCCGCGCCGGAGCUGGUGGGACAGUAUGGGUUGGCCUCAGCAUUUGUUCGGCGUCCUGCGGAGAGCACUGUCAAAGGAAGUGAAAGAGCAAGUGGGCACAGACCGGUUCGGGAACAAAUACUAUUAUAUCCCGGAGUACAAGAACUGGAGAGGACAAACUAUUCGAGAGAAAAGAAUUGUAGAAGCAGCAAAUAAAAGAGAAAUAGACUAUGAAGUGGGGGAUAUCCCAACAGAAUGGGAAGCUUGGAUCAGAAAAACAAGAAAGACUCCGCCUACUAUGGAGGAAAUAAUGAAGAAUGAAAUAUACAGAGAAGAAAUUCAAAUGAAAAGCCGAGAUUUUUAUGAAAAAGAAAAGCUGCUUCAGGAGAGCAACAAGGAACUUCCUCCACCAGUUCAAACUCAGAUCAAAGGGCACGCCUCUGCUCCGUACUUUGGAAAAGACGAACCCUCAGUGACUCCCACCAGCACUGGCAAAACCUUUCAGCCAGGAUCCUGGAUGCCGCAAGACGACAAGCGCCACAGUCAAUGAGUGUUCUGUGGUAAAGCUUUAUAUGUAUGUGACUAUUUUAACAAAUAAAA